CCUCACUUGACUGCAGUUGGACGCGCUUUAUACAAAAUGAACAGCUACGCAUUGCUUGGAGUUUGCCUGCUGGCCAGCCUGGGCGCCUUUUGGCUGGAGGUGGCGCAAGCGAAUCCCAGUCCGAACAUGAAAAUGGAUACGAGUCAGCUGGAGAGCAUGACGGCAAAGUUUUUGCCACCAGAAUUUCGCAAUACAAAUGUUAGCAUGGCGGAAAUUCAGCGCGUCUAUCGCGAAAAGUGCAAGAAGGCAACCGGCGUGGACAACUCCACGCUCUAUGUGGAGAUUGAGAAGGCGGCCAGCAAGCUGAGCGCCUGUUUGAGCGGCGUGGCCAAUUUGACGGCACUGCAGCUGGAAAUGGAAAAGGCGCGUCCCAUUGGCGAGCUGGACACAGUGUUCCACAAAUACUGCACGCGUGUGCCCCAAGCGGAAGCCUGCGUCAAGGCAUUCAACGAGAAGGUGCGUCCUUGCCUAACGACCGAGGAGCUGCAGCAUCAGGCGACAAUGAUGCGCAUUGCCAACUCGCUCUUGGGCUUUGCCUGCGCACGUGGCGGUGAUCAGAUUGCGCUAUUUGUUGCCGAGCAGGGACCGGAGUGUCUGGAUGCCAACAAGGAGGCCAUCAAUAAUUGCCUCAAUCGUUCGUUCCAUCAGUAUUUGCCCAAGGAUGGCCAAAUGCCCGAUUUGAUGAAUCGUCCCGAAAUCUUCUUCUCGCCCACGCACUGCGUCGAUCUUCAGGCCUUCGAGGCGUGCACGCUGCAUCAUCUGGAGCAGUGUCGUGACAUUACGCCCGCCAAUAUUGUUCAGUCCGUAUUUCGCUUUGUCAAAAACGAAACCGAGUGCCAGGCCUGGAUGGACGCCAAGGCCAAUGAGCAGCCCGUGCUGCUGCUUGCCGGCAACAGCACUCGAGGAGGAGCUGGCGCCCUAGUCAGCAGCUUGCUGGGCACAUUAGGCUUAAGUCUCACUGCCUUAUUGCUACACAACUAGCCACACACACACACACACACACACAAACACACACACACAUGUAUUACUUCAUAUCAACUUUGCUCGUAUUCAUCAUUCAUUUAUUAAUAUGUUAUAUAUGAACUUGAUAUUGUUUUU